AUGUUCUCCCCAUCAACACUUUCAGAGCACCAAGUUUCUGGCGAGUUUGAUUGCACUGAUAUUGCAUCUUCUGAUAGAUUUUUUGACUCUGUUGUCUUCAACAACUUUACGUUACACAAUCGCAAUAUUCAACACUGGGCAUCAUGUUACAAUACUACCAUUGACGUCAAUGCUAAUCCUCCUAUCCCCCUCCAUCAGCUUGGCUAUGAGCUGCUUGCACCAAUGUCGUCUUUCCUGCCCAGACCAUAUAGCCCUCCUCUAUCAGACUCACAAGACUUUUUGGAUGCUGAAGAAGACCCAGACCCGCCCCCCGCUAUCCAACCAAAAGAGCAUAAACAUGAGCGUGCAGAGAAGGGUGCCCAAGUUAAAAACAUAAAAGAUUUGCAAUCACAGCUCGAUGUGCACUACAAGGAAGGAACAAAGGUAUCAGAUGACGCCUACAUUUGUAUCCCUAUGGAUGCUAUUCCCAACACUUCACUUGUCAUGGGUCACAAAGCCCCAUCCGGUGUGCCACCGUCUAUGCUUGACAAAGUAGGCUGCAAAUGUACCAAUCACAGCCAGAUGAUCCCCUAUAUACCCAAGGACGUCAAUAAUAACCAGGAAUUAUUUCAGUCCCUCAAAGUUGUCUUUGAAAAACUGUUUAACUGGAUACAUUGUAUUAUGCAAACCCACCUGCCUGAAGAGUGUCAGAUGCUUGAGCAAGUUGCAUCUAUCUUACCAGGAAACCAUUGCUCCCCAGCCGCCCCCAUCUUAUCAAUUGUCAUCAACAUCAACGUGCAAACAAAAGCUCACUGA